AUGUCGCUGUAUCCAGAGCUUAGCUUCAAUGUGGACCAUGGGUACUUGGAGGGGCUGGUACGAGGACUGAAGGCUGGGAUACUGACUCGGUCCGACUACCACAACCUGGCCCAAUGUGACACACUAGAGGACAUGAAGCUGCAUCUGCAGAGUACAGACUAUGGCAGCAUCCUGACCGCUGGGAAUGAGGACCUGACCGUGUCUCUCGUCGACCACAGACUGAAGGAAAACAUUCUGACUGAGUUCCGCUGCCUACGCGCUCACUCCCUACUGCCCCUCUCCACCUUCCUCGACUACAUCACCUACAGUUACAUGAUUGACAACGUGGUGCUGUUGAUCACCGGUGCCCUGAAGCAGAGGGACGUGGCAGAGCUUCUGCCACGGUGCCAUCCACUGGGAAUGUUUGACCAGAUGGCAGCGGUUGGCAUUGCCCGCACCCCUGCUGAGCUCUACUGUGCCAUCCUGGUGGACACACCUCUGGCUCCGUUCUUCCAGGAUGCUGUGUCUGAGGCCAACCUGGAUGAGAUGGGUGCUGAGAUCAUGAGAAACAAACUGUACAAGGCUUAUUUGGAGGCAUUCUAUAAAUUCUGUCAGGAGAGUGGAGGAGCCACAAAGAACAUCAUGUGUCCUAUCCUGGAGUUUGAGGCCGACCGGCGUGCGUUCAUCAUCACAGUGAACUCGUUCGGGACAGACCUGAGUGGGGGGGAGAGGAGCGCCCUGUACCCCUCCUGUGGGAGACUGUACCCUGAGGGGCUCCGUCUCUUGGCCAGGGCAGAGGACUACGAGCAGGUCAAAGCUGUGGCUGACUACUACCCUAACUAUAAACUCAUAUUUGAUGAACCUGAGGCAGAAUCCUCCAGAACCCUGGAGGACAGAUUCUUUGAGCGGGAGGUGCAGCUGAACACUCUGGCCUUUCUGGAGCAGUUCCAUUUCGGCGUGUUCUACUCCUACAUCAAGCUGAAGGAGCAGGAGGCUCGCAACAUCAUCUGGAUUGCAGAGUGUGUCACACAGAGACAGAAGUCUAAGAUCGACAACUACAUCCCCAUCUUCUAAAGGACGAACACACUGUCACUUUUUGUAUUAGUAGUAGUAUUAGCAACGGUCGUCAAAAUGGAUAAAAGGUUAAAAAUACAGUUCUGAUAAAUGUAACAGCUGCACAGAUACUCAACUCUUUUUUAAUAAACAAAAAGCAUCAAAUAUUGACUGUAUUAUAACACAUAAACAAUUGUAUAAUGAGAGCCAGAAAAAUCUAUGGAAUCCAGACAUUUUGGUGCGACUUCAGGUAUUCAAUUGAA